CCAAGCGUGUGUGCUAAUAACGCUGGUGCGCAGUCUGCAACCUUUCAGACACGUGUGUUAAGCAGACAUAGCAAGGAAUGAAAAAUAACAUUUCAGCAAUGAAGUCUUUAUUCGGCGGUCUCUUCUACUGCUUCUCCCUCUUGGUUCAAGUUCAUGGAACUAAUUUCAGAUUUUAUGGCUAUGAGCCGCAGAGGACUUCCCCAGCUAUCCGGUACGCCAAACCCAUCGCAAGACCUGAACUGCCGCUCGGUACCCAAGCAGCCUCGAAUGCUAUCAGUGCGACAGUUCAUGGCAAUAAUUAUAGGUUUUAUGGCCACCACUAUCAACUGCCCCAGAAGAUUUCUCCACCAGUCUGGUACCCCAGACCUGUCAUCCGACCAGAGCAGCCAGUCAGUACCCAAAGCAACGCCAUCAAUACAGACACAGUGAGACAGUGCAAGAUCCGCCCCUUGGAUCUGGUCUUCAUAAUCGACAGCUCCCGUAGUGUCCGUCCAGGAGAGUUUGAGAAAGUCAAGAUCUUCAUUUCAGACAUGAUCGAUACCUUGGACAUUGGCCAGUAUGCCACAAGAGUGGCAGUCAUAAACUAUGCCAGCACGGUCAAAAUUGAGUUCCACCUCAAGACCUACUUUAACAAAGUAGACAUGAAGCACGCUGUGUCCCGGAUUGAGCCCCUUUCCACGGGCACCAUGAGCGGCUUGGCAAUUCGGACUGCCAUGAACGAGGCUUACACAGAGAAGGCUGGAGCACGGCCACGGCCUCAGAAUAUCUCCAGGGUGGCCAUCAUUGUGACAGAUGGGCGACCCCAGGACAAGGUCCAGGAGGUGGCAGCCCAGGCCAGGGCCUCUAGAAUUGAGAUCUAUGCAAUCGGUGUGGACCGGGCCGAUAUGCAGUCCUUGAGGCUUAUGGCCAGCACACCCCUGGAUGAGCACGUCUUCUAUGUGGAGACCUAUGGCGUGAUAGAGAAGUUUACCUCCAAAUUUAGGGAGACGCUAUGCGGUCUGGAUAUCUGCUCCCUUGGAACCCAUGGAUGUGAACAUAUUUGCGUGAGCACCACAGAUUCCUAUUACUGCAAGUGUCGGGAUGGGUAUAUCUUGAAUGAAGACAAGAAAACAUGCUCAAAGGAAAAAAAGACAGACGUGCCUGUUGACCCAUGCAAGUGCGAGUCUCUUGUGCAGUUCCAGACGACGGUUCAGUCUGCCAUACAGUCCCUGACCAGCAGACUAGAUGAAAUGACAAAAAAGGUGCAACAACUCGAACAAAGACUGCGCCACUUCUAGAGCAUAAAGAGCAAAGUGGUUUCCCUGGCGUCAUCGGGAAGUUCUGUUUCAUUGAGCUCACUAGCUGCUGCUGUCUGCACACAAAGUUUAGUUGAUUCUUACUUUAGUGGUCAGCCUGUUGCAGUAAUAUAACAGAUAUUCCAUUAAACUGUCACUAGUGAUGCAUCCAUUUCAUAACUAUCCUAAUACAGCUGUGCAAUUUUAUUUUUCAAGUAGCAGUAAACAUUACAGUCAUAGUAUGCUAUAUGAAAGCUUACAAUGCAUACGUGAUUGCACAAGAUAUAUGAAAUCAAAAACAACACAAACAAGUCACGUGGUGUUUAAACACAUUGGAAUAAAGCUUAAUAAAUGCUAUUGAA